AUGAAUCCCGACCGCCGCAACAGCCGACCCUCUACGCCUGGAGAGUCGUCCAGGAGCCGCCGUGGAGUGUCCGAUGACUUUGUCCCGCGGCGUAAUGUAGGCCCCGGCUACAUGACCGUUGGCGGCGGAAACACUACCAGCGAUGCCGCCGCCCGCCUCGUAUCUAUGCUAGACGAGGACUCGGGUUAUGGUGGAAGUGUCCAGGACGGCGAGGGUUCUGGCAUGAGUUGGCGUUCCAACAUUGGCGAGGACAGGCCUUCACCCACACCCAUCCUGUCCGGCGGACCAGGCAAUGCCGAACAUGAGAAACAGCGCAGCCAUGUGCUCCAACUACGAUACAACCAGAACAAGAAUGCUCUUGGCCGCGCAAUUCAUGGUACCAUCGAGACAUUGAAAAGUUUCCAAGAGAUGAAUCUAAAGUGGCCCGCACAUUACCCCUCCGUCCAGGCGACCGAAAAGCAAAAGGCACUCCUCCGAGACGAUGCACGGCCCGGCUUGCACCACACACAGUCUGCGAUAGGCGACUUCGACCCGGAUAUGCGUUCGCCUGAACGACCGCGGGGUCCACGACGAGCGGGCACGACCAUCGGAGACGACCCCAUGGCCGAGUCGAGUUCAGCGGCUGAGAACAAACGCAAGGACGAGCCUCGACUGGUCACCCCACAAUUGGCUCACGACUUUUCUGUCCUGAAGCUGGAGCUGCGCAUGGGCGGUCGGACACAGUCGGACCUGGUGCACUCGCUGGAGAAGAACUCGGUGGCCUCGCUUCUGGACGGCCAAAUUCAACAGAGCAUACGCCAUCUCUUCUCUCUCAAGGAACGCAUAGAAGACACUUCGAGCAAAGUCCUGGUUACCGGAGAUUUGAAUGCGGGAAAGUCCACCUUCUGCAACGCUCUACUCAGACGCAAGGUCUUGCCCGAGGACCAGCAGCCAUGCACAAGUAUCUUCUGCGAGGUUCUUGACUUCCGGGAGAACGGUAUGGUUGAAGAGGUACACGCGAUCCCCAUCGGCUGUACGUACAGCCGGAAUGACGAGAGCACCUAUGUUGUCUUUGACCUGAAGGACUUGGAGAAGAUUGUCAUCGACAGUGACCACUUCUCGCAGUGCAAGAUCUACAUCAAGGACAUUCGAGAUGUAGACGAAUCUCUCCUGAACAACGGCGUGGUCGACAUUGCCCUCAUCGAUGCCCCGGGACUGAACGCCGACUCCAUCAAAACAACUGCCGUCUUCGCUCGCCAAGAGGAAAUCGAUGUCGUCGUCUUCGUUGUCUCCGCCGCAAACCACUUCACUGAAUCUGCCAAGAACUUCAUCUUCACUGCAGCGCGAGAGAAGGCUUACAUGUUCAUGGUCGUCAACGGUUUCGACACCAUUCGUGACCAGAAGCGUUGUCAGCAGAUGAUUCUAAAGCAGGUACACGGACUUAGCCCGGCGACUUUCAAGGAGUCCAGCGAACUCGUACACUUUGUCUCCAGUAACGCGAUCCCAAUGGGUGCAGGCGGACCUCCAGAUGGCGAUGGUGACGACGACCCCAACGACAAAGGAAAGGGCAAGGAGGCAGAGAAGCAGCGGGAUUUCGCUGACCUAGAGGCCUCAUUGCGACGAUUCGUCUUGGAGAAGAGGGCACGUUCAAAACUAGCACCAGCGAAGACUUAUCUUCUCAACCUACUGGGAGACAUGAACAAUCUCGCUACAGUGAACCGAGACGUCUCCCAGAGUGAGUUGGACCGCGUAAAGAAAGAGAUUGAAGCGCUCGAGCCUGAAUUUGAAGAGUCAAAGAAGUCGCGGGUACAAGCUGGAGAAGCAGUGGAUCGCAUGGUGGAAGACACAACUUCGGAAGUUUACGGCCAUACCCGGGAUACGCUCAACAACUGCAUCGCAAAGGUGGCAGAACAAGACCUUGGCAUUGAAUACCCUGGACUCUUCUCAGCCUACCAGUAUGCCGAAGACAUCAGAGACUCCAUGCUACACGAAGUCACUGAAAGCGUUCGUCUAUGCGAAGAGCACGCGCGAGCUCAGGCCGUACAGGGCUACAACGGUAUCAAAAACUUGGGUGUCCUGCAUCUUGGCAACAACUUGUAUGCCGAUGUCAUGUUCCGCCCUGAGCGGAUGUUCAGGAAGUCAGUGCAUGCUUUGGCUAGACAGGUGGACAUUGACAUUGAUCUGUGGGACUUCUUUGACAUUGCGAGCCUCUGGGAACGACAAGAAAAGGCUGCAGGUGCUGGUAUGGCCAUGACUGUUGCUGGUGUCGUAGGUGGCAGAUUAGUUGGUGGUGUCGGAUGGGUGGAUGGCGCCCUUGGUGCUGCCAAGGUCAUGGGUACAAGCAACAUACGGAGACUGAUCAUCCCUGGUCUCAUCGCUGGUGUUGCCCUCGGUGUGUCUUACGUCCUGGCAUCAGUGCCAAAGUCACUGCCUCACCGACUAAGCGCCAAACUGUCUCAGCAACUAGCAGCAAUCGAUUACACGCACUCCAACGCCCUCCGCAUCAGUUCCGAGGUUCGCCGCGCACUUAAGGGUCCCGCCAACGACGUUCGCAUCGGUCUGCAAAGAAAUGUUGAAAAGCUGCAGCUCAAGAAGGAGGAGACGAGCAAGGCUAGGGAAGAAACCGAGGUAGCCCGCAAGUACUUUGGCAACCUCGUCCGCAACAGCAACGACUUGCUCCAGACAGUCCAACGUGUUGACCUGGAGUCGGCGCCACCCGUGAUUGGUAGUAUGCAGUAGGCUUUUCACUUCAGCUCUCAUGCCCUUUUAGAAGAAUUAUGGUUCACGCGUACGAAGUUGCAGGCUCAGAAGCAUGGAGGCGUUUGCAGGUGUUAGGCUAGGUCAUGAAGAAGCAAUAUUGGACGCUUUCCUCUGUAUACAAUUCGAUCAAUACCCCUCUUUCCCCUUGAUAAAAAAAAAUCUACAGAUC